AUGCGACCCACGGAGCAGCGCCGAGCCUUACCGGGGGGUGCGCGUACUCGCAGGGCUGGGGGGCAGCACCACCGAGCGACCGGCCCUGCCUCGGACCGACGGCAUGGAGGGAGGCAGGUGGCAGCCAGGGUUAGGGAUGGGACCGGAUCCGACCGCAGGGAGAAGGGGGGGAAAUGCAGCCUGUCCUCCCUCCCGCAGGUGUCCCCGGAGCAGGUGAUCCUGUCCCACAGCCCCCUGCGGCUCUUCAACCAGUUCCACCAGAAGUGCAUGCUGGUGGCCGGGCAGGGGCCCGUGGAGGAGAACGCCGAGGACCUGGGAUUCAAGCAUGUGGUCACCAUAGAGGCACUGAGGAAGGCCUAUCCCCUGUUAGACAUGGUGGAUCAGAGCCGGAGGCCAAAGGAGCUGCCGCCUCCAACCACUGGCUUCCCCACUAUAGAAGGGGUGAUUCUGUUUGGUGAGCCGGUGAGGUGGGAGACAAGCCUGCAACUUAUUACUGAUGUACUCUUGAGCAAUGGGAACCCUGGGGCAGAGCUGCAAGAUAUACCAUACCCCCAUCUGCCUGUCCUUGCCUGCAACAUGGAUCUCCUGUGGAUGGCUGAAGCCAGGAUGCCCAGGUUUGGCCAUGGCACUUUUCUUCUGUGCUUGGAGAACAUCUACAAGAAAGUGACAGGCCGGGAGCUGAAGUAUGAGGCCUUGAUCGGCAAACCCAGCACAGUCACCUACCGCUAUGCUGAAUACUUGAUAAAACAGCAAGCAGAGAAACAGGGCUGGAAGUCUCCCAUCCGACGCCUCUAUGCAGUUGGGGAUAACCCUAUGUCCGAUAUCUAUGGGGCAAACCUCUACAACAACUAUCUCAAGUCAGCUCACCAGAACCAGGCCCAGGCUGGGGUGAAGAGGAGCCUGCAGGCAGCCAGUCCCCAAACUGUGGAUGACCUCCAUCUGAGGAAGGACUGCAACAAUUCAGUGGAGAGUUGCGAGUCAAUUCUAGUCUGCACUGGGGUCUACCGCCACAAUGCAGGUGUUCCCAGUAAAACAGAGGAGUACACAACAGAGAUAGUAUUCCACGGCCAUCGGGACUUCUGCUUUGACCCCAGCCUGGUUGAGGCAUCUUACAUAGUUCAGGAUGUGAAUGAUGCUGUGCAACUUGCUUUCAAGAAGGAGGACUGGAGCUAGAGUUAAGACAGGUGUGCCUAAAGACCUACCAGCAGGGAAUUUUCUGUACUGGAAAGGGAAGAGGGAAAGGACAGGGAGAGACCUGGUGUGAUCUUCCAAUCCAGCCAACAUGAAAGAAAACUCCCUGUCUCAGCACUAAAAGCCCCUUACUUUUACUGAUACUCCACAGUCCUGACAUCUGCCAGCAGGCUUUCAACUGUGAACGUACAUUGCUCCUAAUAAUAAUUGAGCCAUAAUGGAAACAGGGUAUAAGGAAGAGCCUUUUUCUGGCAAUCCCAGUUUUGUUCAGCCAUCAGAGUUCUUUCUUUUCCACCCUUUGUGCGUGAAGACAAGGCAAGCUCAUCCUCCUUUUUGCAGUGUGUUUGAGGAUGAAGCUCUUCCCUGUGCAAGGAGCCACCAUCAGCUGAUGUACCAUUCGUACAAUAUACUAUCCGUCCAGUCUGUGAUGUGAGCACACCAGAAACUGUGUUGGUGGCACUGUGCCAAGGGAAGGCUUUUAAGUCUUAACAUUCUCCUUAUGAAGAGUAAGUGCCUAUGGAUUUUAACGAAUUCUGUUUGCUUGGAGAUUUUCCACUGCAGUCUGAAACAAAGUCCCAUUUUGCAGUUGUCAACCAGCUAUGGAGAAGUGGAGCCCUCAAAGGAAGCUGCAGUAGACAGAGCAACAUGCUGCAGGGCCAAGCGAAAAGUUACAUUAUUCUGUUCCUCUAGCAUUCUGUGAACACUUCUGCCUUUUUGCAUCCUGCCAGGAAGCCAGCAGCCUGCUUUCAAUAGCAGAGGAAACCAGAGAGUCUGAAAUUCCAGACUUGGCUUUGCCCAGAACUCAGUGCUGCAGCAAGAGGGUGUUUCAGUACCCACCUUGAUCCCAGCUGUUGCAAGGGACAUGCCCUUGGCCCAGCUGGCACAGCUUCCAAAGAGGGGCCCUUCUUUGAAACAAGGGCCAACCAGAAACAGUCACAGUCCACCUUCGCUCCUUCCUUGCAUGCAAGGAUUGAAAGAGGAGAUCAUCAAGCCAGGAUGGUACCUGGGCCCCAUAUCCCCAGUCUUCAUCUUUAAGAGUACAAGUGGAUCCGUCCUUCACUUUCUUUUUGCCUCUUUUCCCUCCUGUGGUUUGCAGCUCAGGAGUACCCCAUAUGGUCUGAUCCCUGUUCCCUCCUUUUUCUUUAGCAUGCAGGUAGAGUGCCUCCUAACAUGAAGUAGUAGCUGGGACUUGCCUGCCCAGGAACAUUUCCAUAUCCUUAAUGACAUGCACCUUCUGUUGCUUCUGUUCCCUUAAUUUGGGCUAUCCAGAGAAAGAUCAAGACCUAUGUUUCCUUAGACAGUCCAAAGAAGCUAAGGAAGCAUUGCUUGAAAAACCCCAUAUGAAAGACUGGCUCAGCAAGGAGUGUCUUCAUUCCAGAGGAGCACUGUGAUUUUAGAAGCAUAAAUCAGUUUGUGUAUGUGAUGGAAGACCUUUGGAGCCAACACAACUAAGUUGGUGUUCCUAGUUAUUCUCAGCUCACACCACACAGAGAUCAGAAAUAGGUCUGCUCUGCCUCCUCUUUCUUCCUGCUUUACCACGCAGCUCCAUACACAGGGUACAAACAAGAUGUUCUGCACAGAAGAUUGAGUUGUUCUUAAUUCAUAUCUCAGCAUCCGUGUGCACUGACAUUCUACUUCAGCAGCUGUCCAUCCUCUUGAUACUGAUUUAUCUUCCUAGGAAGGUCACACUGCAGAGCAGGCUCUGUUCUUAUGCCAUUCCAGGCUCUGCAUCUGAAGGGGACUGGGUGACCCAGUCAAACAGAUCAUUCACUGUGGCUUCUUUCUCUAUACCUUAUUUUCUGAAUAGGAGCAGCAAAACACCUCUUUGGGCGAAUUUCCCUCCUGUGAAAUCCAUAGUGGGAAGCAGUCACUUCCUCUCUUAGUGCUAGCGGGGGUUCUUCUUUGUCUUAUCAGGACAAGAAUCGCUUGGCUGCUUCUAAAGGCAGCUGUAAUGUGACACAAUCUUAGAUUUUAAUCUUUUGUCUUUCACUGGUGAGAAAAAGAAAUUACCAUUUCAUAUACUUGCACAAGACAAGGGCUUGUCUCCAGUUUCCAGAAAAGUACAGGGAAGGACUUUGCAUAUAACAGGGAAGGUCCUUUAACUUUCAGCAUGUCUCCACUGUCACAGCUGUGCUAUGGACCCAUUGUAAAAGGCCUGAAACUGGAGGUCCGAAACCCGUUAUUCAUAAACAAGCUCCAGCGUCCCUCAGCCUCACUUUCCAGAGGUGCCAUUCAGUGCAGAAAGGAAUUCUCCCUUUCCUUGCAGUAUUUGCUAACUUGGGUGGUAUUUUUCACAGGAUUAAUUGGGAACGGUCUUCUAGGCCAUGAUUACAUAGACCUCAGAGAGCUGGUUGCUGGCAAUAACUGCUAGUCACACUCUCAAUUUGGUAGAUACUUAUCUGCAGAAAUACUGUCCGUCUGUCUGUGCAGUGACGUUUGGCAGAACUCUUUCUUGUUAAGACUGUGGUGCCAGUUACUCUAAGACAAGGUACUGCAGUGUUCUUCAGUGGGUUUAGUGCUGCUGAAUCAGCUAUCCCAGGUGGAGCCAGAUGCAGUGGCUGCUGCUCCAAUGAUGGUGGUGGAUUUGUGGUAGGAACGUACAGAAGAAUUUUGAGAAAUCACAAGCAGUUUCUAAUUUCAUAUCAGC